GUCAUCACAAUAUGACUCGGGGUUUUUGCAUGGGGUUUUUGGAGGGAGGGCUUUGAUGGGAAUCAGACUUUUUCAGUGGGAGAUAAAGCCCGCCGCUGGUUUUGACUAGGGCUUUAAAAACAAAAGAAGUUUGUCCCUCGACGCGAUUCGUACUUUAACAACAUAUCCCAGAAUGCAUUGUUAGCAUCGUUGCUUCACAUCAGAGCUACUUGGAGAAACAUCAAACCGAUGAUUAAUAAAAGACAGAGAGAAACAGAGCUUCGCAGAACCAACCACUCUCUGGACCGUCAGGAUGGUCAACGUGCUGAAGGGAGUUCUGGUCGAAUGUGACCCUGCUAUGAAGCAAUUCCUCUUAUACCUGGACGAGACCUCUGCACUAGGAAAAAAGUUCAUUAUCCAGGACCUUGAUGACACGCACGUCUUCAUUCUGGCAGAGGUGGUUCAGACCCUCCAGGAGAGAGUGGGCGAGCUCAUGGACCAGAACUCAUUCCCAAUGACUCAGAAAUAAAGGGACUAGUAUGAUUUAAAAAGAAGGCAUAUUUAUGGAAAUGUUGCAAGUGUUUGGGUUUUGAGGAUAUUAAUAGGGUGUACAAUUUUGAAACUGCAGUGUUGUUUAACCAUUUGGAUUGUUUUUGUCAUGUUGAAGUGAGGAUAUUGUAAAAUGUGUGAGUAAAGUUAUGAAGACUUUGCUUGUUCUUAA